AUGUUUUCAUCAAACUUGGAUAUUUCAAAUGCCCAACAAAACAUUGAAAUAAUAAAACAAGCUGUUAUUGAUUCUUCCGAUCCAAGUCUACAGCUUGAUACUUUGGAUGACCUAAAUUCACUUCUUUUCAUACUGGAAGAUCCAAUUUUUCGAGAUCUCAUAAAGAUUCAAGAUGUCAUCGUUGAACUAAAUGGUCAACUUCAACAACAUCCAUCUAUUCUUCCUGCUGAUUUCGAUAUUGUUCCUACGACUGGUGAAUUGGUGCUCAAUGUUCCUCGCAAUUCCGAUUAUGAUCCGUAUGUGGAUGAACAAAGAGUUCCUUCAGCUCAAAUCUCACCACGAAGUCUUCAUAGCCCAUCAAAAUUUAACGGAGAACAAUUUCAUUCACUUGAACGAAAUGGAAAACAACAUCAGGAAAUGGAAAUGAUGCCACGUGAUCGUGAUCAAACGAAUGAUGAUCGUCCACAAUCUGCAAUAAGCAAUAAUUCAAAAGCAAAUGUCGACAUAAUGGCGAGUGAAUGGGCUCAAGUGCAAGCAAUUGAGCUUGUGAACGAUGGAACUGGAUUAGGUUUCGGAAUCAUUGGUGCUAAAACAUCAGGUGUAAUAGUAAAAACAAUUCUUGCUGGAGGUGUUGCUGAUCGUGAUUGUCGUCUUUUAUCAGGCGAUCACAUUCUUCAGAUUGGUGAAGUUAACUUGCAUGAAAUGGGAUCGGAGCAAGUAGCAGCUGUUCUAAGACAGUCAGGAACUCAUGUUCGUCUGGUUGUUGCUCGUGCUGUUGAUCCUUUAAAAACAAAUCAAGAUGUUGAUGGAAAUGCUGCAAUUGUUCCAUCACGACUUCUCAAUGAUCCAUAUGAAUUAAACCGUUACCUGAUUGCAGCUGGUUAUCCUGAAAUUUUUGGAACAUCAUCAACGCCAUCAUCACCUUUACAAAAUCCUAAAUUCAAUUUCAAACAAGAUGGUGAUUGUGAGAAUUUAAUUGAACUUCCAGAAACUGAAAGAUUUACAGUUGAGCUGAGAAAAGAUUCAAAUGGUUUAGGAAUAACGAUCGCUGGCUAUGUAUGCGAGAAAGAAGAAUUGAGUGGAAUUUUUGUGAAAAGUGUCGCUCCAGGAAGUGUCGCUGAUUGUGGAAAGAUUCAAGUAAAUGAUCGAAUCAUUGAAGUUGAUGGGAAGUCUCUUCAUGGCUACACAAAUCAUCAAGCUGUUGAUGUUUUAAAGCAAAGCGGAAACGUCGUUAAACUUUGCAUCGAAAGAUAUUUGCGUGGUUUGAAGUUUGAACAACUUCAACAAGCGAUUGCUGCAAAUGUUCACGAGCUUAAACAAACACAGGUAGCAACAUCACCUGAAAGCAAACGAAUCAACACAGUUUCACCAGCUUCAUCAUCACGUCGUCAAUCAUUCAACGAUGAACGGAAAUUAGUUAUGGCACGUGAUUCAAUCGAAACGAAACUUCAACAUGAAAUGAUUGGAAAUGAUUUUAAUGAACAAGAAUCGAGUGUUGAUAACGAAGAAGAUUUAAUUAACGAACUGACUAAUCAACAUAUUCAUUCACCACCCAAAACACUUCAUAAAUAUCACAUCGAACCAAAACUAACGAAGGAACAUGAAGCGGCAAUUAUAAAGAAAUGGCGCAGUGUUUUGGGUAAUGAUGAUGAUAGUAAAAUAAUUGUCGCUCAAAUCAGAAAGUUUGCUGCAUCGAGUGGCUUAGGAAUCUCUUUGGAAGGAACUGUCGAUGUUGAAGGUGGAAGAGAAGUUCGUCCGCAUCAUUACAUUCGUUCAAUCCUUCCAGAAGGUCCCGUCGGCUCGAAUGGUCUUCUAAGAUCAGGUGAUGAGCUUCUUGAAGUUAACAAUCAAAGGUUACUUGGAAUGAAUCACAUGCAAGUUGUUUCCAUUCUUAAAGAGUUACCACAAGAUGUUCGAAUGGUUUGUCGUCGUGGCAUCACUGAAAUCAUUGCAUUCACUGAAGAAAACAAUCGAAAUUCUUUGUUAGAUUCAAAUGACAGUAACAACAAUCAAAACACUUUAUUAUCAACUGAUCGUUUGGUGAAAGCAAAAUCUGACGGAAGUUUAUCGACAGCUGUUGGUAAUGGCGAGAGUUUGAUGAAGAUGAAAUCAAGAUCGUUAGAACCAUUAACAGGUUUAGCAAUGUGGAGCAGUCAACCACAAAUUAUUGAAUUGGUGAAAGGUGAACGCGGUCUCGGAUUUUCAAUUCUCGAUUAUCAAGAUCCGCUUGAUCCAAAUGACACUUUAAUUGUCAUUAGAAGUCUUGUGCCCGGUGGCGUUGCACAAAUUGAUGGACGUUUAAUUCCUGGUGAUCGUUUAUUGUUUGUUAACGAAACACGUCUGGAAAAUGCUUCGUUGGAUCAAGCAGUUCAAGCUUUGAAAGGUGCACCGAAAGGAAUUGUUCGAAUUGGAAUUGCAAAACCACUUCCAAUGUCAGAUUUUCUUGAUCGUAAUCAUUCAGCAACCGAAAGCUUUCAAGAUGAAUUAAAGCUUCGUAAGCCUGACAUUAUCAUGGAAUGAGAUGCAACACUCGUCCAUCUUCUAACAUCUAUAAAUUGUUUCAUUAAAUUUAUUGAAAUCAAUCAUCAUGAGCGAGACAAACUUUAUGUCUAAAUUGCACGUUUUGAAGCAUUUGUUUGAUUGUUUGUAAUGCAAUUCACUUUAAUUCAUUCCAUGUAAAAUGAGGGGGUGGGAAGAGCGGCGAAAGUUUAAUUUGUUUCAAACUGUAGAAGAUUAGAAAAGGUGGAAAAAGAUCAAAAUUUGAUAUUUUAUGGAGAAAUUUUCGGAAUUUUCUUCUAAGAUUUCCUCCAAUUUCGAUCAAAUUUUAUUUAUCAGACUUAUUUUAUUAUAAUUAUCGUCAAUGAAGGAGGAAAAUCCACCGCCAUGUAUUAAAUUAGUAUUUAAUUGUAGUUCACUGAUCUUUCCUCGUAUUCACCCUCAUCAUAACUUUAAGUUAUGUGACACAUUCCUACAC